AUGACCAAAGAAUCUUUCUUUGGCCCAAGAGGUUACAAAUUUAAAACCACAUUUCUUAUAUUUUUUUUCAGGAAUUUAGAUACUAAAUAAUUAAUUGAUCACAGCAAUUUUCCAACAACUUUAGAAAAUAUGAAUAAUAAUAAAUAUGAUUAUGUUAAAUCUCAUAAGUGAUCUAUUUUUUCAUUUAAAAAUUGAGUAAUCAAUAAAGAACAUUUACAAUUAAACUUAUUAGAGUUAAAUUAGCCUAAUUGGAGAAUGCAAAUAAAACAAUUUAGAUUGAGAAAAAGAGAGGAAGACAUUAUGAAUUAACUUUGCAACUAAAGAAGGACAAAAUAAAGUUGCCAAAAUAAGAGAUAGCUUUAUUAAUAUGA